AUGCCCCUUUGGCGGUGGUGGUCGCGGCUGACUGGAGGCGGUGGUGGCGGCUUCGGUGGCGCCUCGUCAGUCCUUCCUCCGGAUUACGUCUGGGUGUUUGACUACGACAUCGGGUGGGUGGGCGAUAUUGCGUCCUUCAUCCAGGCGUUCGACGCCAUUCCGUCCGACCUCCUCGUCGCAAAGGACGACGGGCGCGCGCUCGACCGGACAGACGGCCGCGGCAAGAGCCUCUACUCACAGCUGCCGGUUCGCAACUACUUGCGAGAUGGCGACGUCCACUCGGCGCUGCUCGCGCCGGUGCGCUACUCGCGGCGGAUGCUCAGUGCCACGAGGCAGCUGCUCUCUGCAGGCAACCUCGCGUUUUGCGAGACACGUGGCCCGUCGCUGUGCCGGCAGCAUCCCUCUUGGUGCUCCAUGAGUGACAUGCUCUCGCUCCGUCCGGACCUGUUCAAUUCAAACUUCAGCUGCUGCAGGAGCCACUCGGAGCGCUAUGCGCGCGAGCGCGCCCUCUUCUGGGGCGCGACGCCCAAGGCCAGCCGGCCGCCGUGCCAGCUGCUCCACAGGGUCAAGCCGGACAACAGGACCGGUCAGACGAACCGCUUGCGCCCCGUGCGGCUCGCGCCAAACCGGUCCAGGCACCGGUCGUCGACCAACCGGUCGAGGCAUAGGGCCCAGCAUGCCGCGGCACGCGUUCACCGCAGCCAGACGAUUCGAGCGCGAGUCGACUCUUGCCAGCUCGCGAGGCCGCCGACUGACGCGAUCACCGUCGAGGCACGCGAGUGUGAGGCGCGGCCCGGCGCCAGCGAACGCGCCGGGUGGGGGCAGGAGCGCGAGAAGUUGAGCCAGCUUGCGGCGCAUUGGCUCUCGCCCUUCGCCGCCGGGGUGCGCGAGGCCGACCUUGAGCCCGUCCUCGGGCCAAACCGCUCGCAUUGCCACCUCAAGUCGCCGUCGCGCACGUGCCCGCUGCUGGUCGUGCGCGGCGGCGCCCUCUUUGUGCACGUCCCCUUCAAGUCGCGCCUCUUUCUCGAGCCUCUCCCCUCGUGCCGACGAACCGGCUCAGACUCGCCCGCCGGCGCCGCAAUGCGCCGGCUCGAGGUGGUGUUGCGUCUCAUCCGCGGGGCGCUAGCGAGGCAGCGCUCGCCGCUGCCGGAUUUCGCGGUGCGGCUCUGUGUAGACGAGCUCUGCCAUGGCAUGUUUGAACGGCGGCCUCUGCCGUGGCUGACGAUGGUGUCGUGCGCGAGCUUUCCCUCGCUGCCAGCCGUCCAGUGGAAUGUGAGGGACCCGCCUCUCUCGGCAUGGGACGCGACGCUGGCGGCGCUGGCGGCGCGAGGGCCCGAGGCGGAUGCCGCUUGGCCUUGCCGCGCCGCAAAGGCGGUCUUCCGGGGCGAGGCUGCCGAGCCGUACUCGACCAACCACCGCUGGACCUCCAACCACACCCUCACGCGCCUCCAGAUCUUCCGGCGCAAGUGGCGCGAGCAGGGCCGCCUUGCGCUGGUCUGGCAGCAUUGCGAGCGGCCGGCUCAGCUCGACGUCUUUGUAUCCGGAUUGCAAGGGGCGAGGCCCGCCGUCGGCAAGCUACUCCGACGCGAGAGCGCAGAGUACAAUAGCUGCUUGGCCAGGCUUGGUGUGGGCAAGAGCGCGGCCGACAAGGCGCUCUCGGUGGCCGAGCAGGCCCGCCGCUUCCGCUACGUGGUCAACGUCGAGGGGGUCGGCGGCUGGUCGGAUCAGCUCAAGCGCCUCCUGCUGUCGCGUGCGGCGCUCAUCAAGCAGGACAGCGGGGUGACCGAGUGGUUCGAGCCGCUGCUCCGGCCAUGGGAGCACUAUUUGCCUGUCGCCUCGGACCUGGGCAACAUCAGCGCCGGCGUGCUCUGGCUGCGGAGCCACGACGCCGAGGCGAGGCGGAUGGCACGCGCAGCAUCAGAGGCGGCAGGGCGCUUCCUCUCCACCGCUGCGAUGGCGGCCUACAUGGAGGCGCUCGUGAGCGGGUAUGCACGGCUCUAUCGCGACGCCGCGGCGGUCCCCGCGCUGCUGGCGAGAUUACCCGAGAGCGAGGUUGUCGGGUUCGAGUGCGGUGGGCCGGCCGGGGCUUGGGAUUGCUCUUUUGUCCACCGGCGGAGUGGAGAGCGCGUCGAGACCGUAUUGGCGGCUGCGAACCGGAGCGGGUCGCUCAGAGGGGAGAGGUCGACCGGUUGGUGCUGA